CUACUGCCUCAGUCGCCUCUCUGACGUCGCACGGUACGGACGUGCGCGUUAAUUUACCUUGUUAAUUUAUAUGUUACAAUGAAUAUAGUGAUGUGGUAGUUUAAAGGUGGAAGUGCAAGUGAAGUGCGGCAAAGGAUUUCAGUUCGGAUCUUGAUUGAUUGUGAGAGUGUAUCUCUUACGGAUUUUAAUACCGUUGUGCCUCGCUUCGGUGGUUCUGUUAAUAACCUGUGGAUCUACAGUCGCUAUCCCGAUCAAUGUAAUGGAACUAUCAUAAAAAAAUCAGUGCUUAAUUUAAAACAUUAUCGAAUGGAAAACAGUUGUGUUAAUUUAGAUUAUGCUCUCUAAUUAAAAUGGAGAGGAAAUUAACUCGUGAAGACUUUAUGCGUAAGAGUUUCCGUGCGCCUAGAGCGGCGCAGAGCCCCGAGACGCAGGGUAACGGACCUCAACCACCUCUCGUCUCCUUAGCCAUGCUGGAACGCACCCCACAACCGUCCAGGGCCCAGUACGAGGUCACCGCAUCAGGCAUAGCGCCCAAACGUCUAGAAAUAAACAGAACCCAUCCAAUACAUCUCAAAUCGUUCCAAACACCGGAUCCCCCAGAUGAAAACGGCCCGACACCGCCAUCUGACGAUGUACUACGCAAACUGGAACGACAAAUCGGUGAAAUGGAACGAGGUCUGGAACGAGCUCAGAAUGGAAAUGUGUCUGUAGAUGAGAGAGUGAGAUAUGCGGAACAUGAGAACUUACUACGUACAGGGGUGUCGUCAGUCGGCGGUGGGGGAUAUCUCCCAACGGAUUCUGAUACGGAACACGAUACGGUACCGUUCAAUAGGAACGAAACGACUCGCAGUAGCACAGGCGCGACAGCACCAGCAACUCGACCGGCCACUCGUCUGGCGAGGACGCAUUCGGAUACUCAACAGCACAAUGUAGCAGCUACAGCUCGUUUGAUGAGGAAGCUAGCUGACGGUGGGACAAAAGACGAGAAGAGUAAGGUGAUAUCUCGAAAGGCGAUACAAGCGCGUAUGGAACGCGUGAAAAAUUCAGUGGUUGGUACGAAGCACGAACAUCGUGUGCUCGCCGAACAUAAAGCCGAGCCUCCGGCGCGUACACCAACAUCGCCUGUCUCCCCCAGGUCUUCUGUACAGAGCGCGUCGGAGUCGUCGGCUGGAGCGGGGGGCGGCGGGUCGGGGGGUAGCGCACGGGUCUCAUCUCGCUCCCGCACCUCUGAGGAGCCACAUAUUGGCAAGUACAAAUUAUUGAAGACGAUUGGUAAGGGUAACUUUGCGAAGGUGAAAUUGGCCAAGCAUGUCCCCACCGGCAAGGAAGUGGCCAUCAAGAUUAUCGACAAGACCCAGCUCAACCCCGGCUCGCUGCAGAAGCUGUUUAGAGAGGUACGGAUAAUGAAAAUGUUGGACCACCCGAACAUUGUGAAACUAUUCCAAGUGAUAGAGACAGAAAAGACCCUUUACCUCGUAAUGGAGUACGCGUCUGGCGGAGAGGUGUUCGACUACUUGGUGCUGCACGGCCGUAUGAAGGAGAAGGAGGCGCGGGCAAAGUUCCGUCAGAUAGUUUCCGCGGUGCAGUACUGCCAUCAAAAGAGGAUCAUACAUAGAGAUCUCAAGGCUGAAAAUCUUCUAUUAGACGGCGAGAUGAAUAUAAAGAUAGCAGACUUUGGAUUUUCUAAUGAAUUCACUCCGGGAUCUAAGUUGGAUACUUUCUGCGGCAGUCCUCCUUACGCCGCUCCCGAACUGUUUCAAGGCAAGAAGUACGAUGGUCCGGAGGUGGACGUGUGGUCUCUGGGUGUGAUCCUGUACACGCUGGUCUCCGGCUCGCUGCCAUUCGACGGCUCCACACUGCGCGAGCUCCGGGAGAGGGUACUCAGGGGAAAGUACAGAAUACCAUUCUAUAUGUCUACGGAUUGCGAGAAUCUGCUAAAGAAGUUUCUAGUACUGAAUCCGGCAAAACGCGCCUCCCUUGAGAAUAUAAUGCGGGACAAGUGGAUGAACACCGGAUAUGAAGAUGAUGAGCUCAGGCCAUAUGUUGAGCCGCAGCAGGACUUCAAAGAUCAUAAGCGGAUAGAGGCGCUAGUGUGUUUGGGCUACAAUAGACAAGAGAUAGAGUUCUCUUUGGCGGAGGCGAAAUAUGACGACGUCUUUGCGACAUAUUUGUUGCUGGGAAGAAAGAGUACUGAUCCGGAGUCUGACGGCAGUCGGUCAGGAUCGUCUCUGUCGUUACGUAACGCAGCCGCACCGCAAACGCAGCCGCAGCAAGCGAACGCGCACGCAGGCGCGUGCGGGUCUCCGUCGCACCGCGGCGUGCAGCGCAGCAUCUCGGCCUCCGCGCGCCCCGCCGCCUCGCGCCGCGCCUCCUCCGGCGCCGAGGUGCUGCGUGCACAAGUGGGCACGACCACGAGCGCCGCAAAUAAUACAACAUCGACUGCGACAACUACCACUUCUAACUUUAAAAGACAGAAUACAAUCGAUUCAGCAUCAAUCAAAGAGAACACGGCGCGGAUUGCUCAAAUGCAGGUACAGAACACGACACGACCGAGCAGCGCACAGCCCAAACUGGAGCCGAGAUCCCGUACGUUGACUGGCGGACAGCGCCGCACCGCACUGGAGGCUGCGCCUGCGCAUGCGCCGCACACCGCACAUGCGCCGCACGCACCUCACACUGCUCACCCCACACCUGUCAAACUAUCGCCGCCAAACGACACGCCCAGUUCAACGCAACCGGAGACUAAGAACGGUGUGGGGGGAGGGGCGGGGGGAGUGAACGGAAGUGGUGGGGGUACGGGGAGCGCGGGUGGCGGGGGGGCCACCCCCUCGGGGGGUAAGACCCACGUCAAAAGUGCCUCCAUCUCGUCGGGCAGUGGAGCACCGCCCUUAACGGAUACUGCGGCACAUAAUGCGUCCGCGCGGGACCUCGCGCCGCCUCGCCCAAGCUUGAACUCGAGCCUGUCAAGUGGCGGGGCGGGCGCGGGCGCGACUGCACGACGCGAGUUCCCCAAUCCACUUGUGUUCCCCAGAAAUGUGCCCUCGCGCUCCACCUUCCACUCAGGUCAAACGCGGUCUCGCGGAUCUAGCGCAGGGGGGGCGUACGGUGACGGGGGCUCCCCCCACCAGGCACGACCCUCCUUCUUCUCCAAACUCUCCUCGCGCUUCUCCAAACGCUUAUCGGUGUUGGGUGAAUCGACUGGGCGACAGAAACCGCGCAUAUUUUCCUCUCUGGACAUACAGCGGAGGCCAUUGGACGGUAACACUCCGAAGCAUGCGGUAGGCGCUAGCCCAGCCCUGCUUGGGCAGGGCAACGAGGAGCAGGUGAAGCCGCGAGUGCUGCGCUUCACCUGGAGCAUGAAGACCACCUCCAGCAGAGAUCCCAAUGAGAUCAUGGCUGAGAUACGUAAGGUGCUGGACGCCAACAACUGUGACUACGAGCAGCGUGAACGUUUCCUGCUGCUGUGUGUUCACGGUGACCCCAAUGCGGACUCACUGGUGCAGUGGGAGAUAGAGGUGUGCAAGUUGCCGCGUCUCAGCCUCAACGGUGUGCGAUUUAAGAGAAUAUCCGGUACAAGCAUCGGUUUUAAGAACAUUGCAUCAAAGAUCGCCAACGAGCUGAAGCUGUGACUGCCCGCGCCCGCGCCGCCCGCCCCCGCCUGCCCGUGCUCGGAGCCCGGCAGCGCGCGGCUCUCCGCCGAGGAUAUGGUGUCUGUGGCCAACGGCGGCGCGGUGACGUCAUCC